ACAGAGCCGCGCUUCUUCUCCUCCCUCUUUUCACGCGCUCGAUCUUUUUAUUUUUAUUUUUGUUUCCCUUGGGGUAGAGGUGCACGCGAGGAAAAAAAAAAAAAGUAAAGGACUAUGUUUGCUUCGUGGCUGACUUUCGCCUUGCUCUGGGGAACUUUCUGUGCAGGACCAGGCCACGGGGAGGCUGAGACCAGGGAGUGCAUCUACUACAAUGCCAACUGGGAGCUGGAGAAGACGAACCAGAGCGGCGUGGAGCGCUGCGAGGGGGAGAAGGACAAGCGGCUGCACUGCUACGCCUCCUGGAGAAACAACUCGGGCUCCAUCGAGCUGGUGAAGAAAGGCUGCUGGCUGGAUGACUUCAACUGCUAUGACAGGCAGGAGUGUGUAGCCACAGAAGAAAACCCUCAGGUGUUUUUCUGCUGCUGCGAGGGCAAUUACUGCAAUGAGAAAUUUACCCAUUUGCCUGAAGUCACCGGCCCAGAAGUCAUCUACGAGCCGCCGCCGCCGCCGCCGUCGCUGCUGAACAUCCUGGUGUACUCGCUGCUGCCCAUCGCCGUGCUGUCCGUGGCCAUCCUGCUGGCCUUCUGGAUGUACCGGCACCGCAAGCCGCCCUACGGCCACGUGGACAUCAUCGAGGACCCUGGUCCACCACCCCCUUCUCCCCUGGUUGGCCUAAAGCCCCUGCAGCUCUUGGAGAUCAAGGCCAGGGGACGCUUUGGCUGUGUGUGGAAGGCUCAGCUGAUGAACGACUACGUAGCAGUGAAAAUCUUCCCCAUCCAGGAUAAGCAAUCUUGGCAGAGUGAGAGGGAGAUUUUCAACACUCCUGGCAUGAAGCAUGAAAACCUUUUGCAAUUUAUCGCAGCAGAGAAAAGGGGGACAAACCUGGAGACAGAGCUCUGGCUGAUCACAGCUUUCCAUGACAAGGGUUCUCUGACAGAUUACCUGAAGGGCAACAUUAUCAGCUGGAAUGAGCUCUGCCAUGUUGCAGAAACAAUGGCCCGUGGCUUGUCUUACCUUCAUGAAGAUGUUCCCUGGUGCAAAGGUGAAGGACACAAACCUGCCAUAGCACACAGGGACUUCAAGAGUAAAAAUGUCUUGCUGAAGAACGACUUGACAGCUGUGCUGGCUGAUUUUGGACUGGCUGUACGGUUUGAACCUGGGAAACCUCCAGGGGACACCCAUGGACAGGUGGGAACCAGGAGGUACAUGGCUCCUGAAGUGUUGGAGGGAGCAAUCAACUUCCAGCGCGACGCCUUCCUGAGAAUAGACAUGUAUGCAAUGGGACUGGUGCUGUGGGAGCUAGUCUCCAGAUGUAGAGCAGUUGAUGGUCCGGUGGAUGAGUACAUGCUGCCUUUUGAAGAAGAAAUAGGUCAGCACCCAUCCCUUGAGGACCUGCAAGAAGUGGUGGUUCACAAGAAGAUGCGCCCCGUGUUCAAGGAUCACUGGCUAAAACAUCCCGGCCUGGCGCAGCUCUGCGUGACCAUCGAAGAGUGCUGGGACCACGACGCGGAGGCGCGGCUCUCGGCCGGCUGCGUCGAGGAGCGCAUCGCGCAGAUCCGCAAAUCCGUCAACGGCACUACCUCGGACUGCCUCGUCUCCAUCGUGACGUCCGUCACCAACGUGGACUUGCCACCCAAAGAGUCUAGUAUCUGAGUCCUGGGUCCUGGUUCACUUUUGUCUUUCCAGACUCAGCGGAUUUAAAACAAACAAACAAACAGAAAAACAACAAGGAAAAGAGUUUAAAAAAAAAAAAAGU